AUGGCUGGUAAAUCUGCAGACCUCCUAUCCACCGCGGCAGCCAGGGGGGACUUAGAGCUGGCCAGGGCACUGCUUCAAAGCGGCAUAGACCCCAAUGCCAAGAACUCUUAUGGACGCACACCCAUACAGGUGAUGAAGAUGGGAUGUCCUGAGAUGGCUAAAUUACUCAUUAGUUAUGCUGCUGACCCCAACGUUCCAGACCCAGCCACUGGGAUGACCCCAGCUCAUGAUGCAGUCCAAUGUGGUUUUCUGGACACCUUGGUUGUGCUACUGGAUGGAGGGGCAAGCCUUUAUGCACCACCAGAUUGCUGGGGAAGGCUGCCAAUUGACUUGGCCAGUUCAGAGAUGGAGGUCCAAACUUGAUUAAGGACUUUGCUAAUAGCAAGAGAAAUGG